GUGAGAAUCAAAGCAUAAGGCAGUAUCAUGCAAAGCAGAAACAAACAUCUCUUUUCAUUUCUUUUAUGUGCCAAAGUACAGUAAAGUCUUGAAGUGCACUGUACUUCCUCAUAUAUUGCCCAAAUGCAUGAUUGACUUGACUGCUGAGAGCAAAUCCCUAUGUUUGUGCAAAUUCUUAUAAAAUCAUGUUUUCUCAUCAUUUCCACACCAUCCGCUCUAUAUUCGUGUCCGGCGCAAGUCUGGCACGUGGCUUGCCGCAGUUUGAAACCGUCAGUUUGCAUCGUUGUGGGUGUGAAUACAGCCGACUUGCUCCACAGCUAAUUGAGGAGACUGCAUUCAUUCACUUUAAACUUGCUGCACGAGAGGCACAUUCCUUUACAUGGCAGAAGGAGAAACUCAUUUGCUGGAGUAAAAAAAAAAAAAAAUACAAUGGCAUCCACCACACAUAUCAGUGGAGCGCAGAAUCUGUCUGCCGGCACCGAGACCAAAUCUAACAAAACCACGUUCCAAAACCUGGACCACAACACACCUACUCAAAGGUCUAGUCUACUUUCUGUCACCAAAUUGUCAGAUGCACCAGGGGCGUGGAAUAGAAAAUGUCCACCUUCAGUCCACGAGGCGCAGCGCGGCAGGCCAAUAAGUCUUGCCCCGGCACGAAAAUGAAGAUACACCAGUUUUUACGGCGAGCACACAUGCGCCCGCCCUUUAAAACAGGGCCCUUGGCAUCCUGGCUAGUCCACCAAGAUUAGAAACUACUAUGCAAGGUAUGGAUGAAUGAGCUGGUGAAGCAAACCAUACCUCAGUGAUGCACAGGAUAUUAUUUUUGAGUUACGAUUCAUACAUAUUCUCAUUUGAGCUGACUUCAGCUAUGACUGCUAACAAAAACAUAACAAUGUUCAUGUUGUGUUUAUCAGGGCGACCGAAUGUGGCACUUUGCCAUCUCUGUGUUCCUGAUUGAGCUGUACGGACGUAACUUGCUGUUGACUGCAGUCUUCGGCUUAGUGGUAGCUGGCUCGGUGCUCCUGCUCGGAGCUUUGAUCGGAGACUGGGUUGAUCGCAAUCCCAGGAAUAAAGGUAUGCGGCAGCAAUUUCACACCCACCUGAAAAUUUUUGCAUGCAUGACUGUGCAUCAGACGAGCGGGUGAUAAAUCAGUGCAUCUCAAUCUUGAGUCUGGGCCGUGUGCUGGUUUGCCAUCCCGCCAUGUGGUAAAUUGCAUUCGCCUUUCGGCGUCUUAAGUGUAAAUCAUUUCCUGAUUUGAUUUCUACACUCAAAACCGGCGAGGCACACCAUUCACAGUUACCAACAUCUGGUUUAAGUUAGCUUGCGUAUAUGAAGAUAUCAACCAGGCCCUAAGACUCUUUUUCUUUCUCUUUCUUUUUGUUUUAUUUUUUACUUCAGUUGCACAUGCAUCUCUGUUCAUCCAGAACAUCUCAGUGACCAUCUGUAGCAUUGUGCUCAUGUUGGUCUUCUCAUAUAAGCAAAGGAUUGAGCAGAUCUGGGAUGGCUGGCUUACUAUGUGGCAAACCUUGCAAGCACUGCGCUGACCAUUGCCAUCCAGCGGGACUGGAUCAUAGUCAUCACCGGCUACAAUCGCGGCCACCUCGCUGGUAAGACGACUCUGGCAUGAGGUCACGGCGGGCACGCAAGCGCAUUAAUCUAAACCUCCCUGAUCCUGAAAAAAAGGAAUGAAUGCCACAAUGAGGCGGAUAGAUCAGGUGACGAACAUCCUGGCCCCGCUCGCCGUGGGACAGGUCAUGACCCUGGCCUCCAAUGUAGUUGGGUGUGGCUUCAUCUUGGGAUGGAACCUCGUGUCUCUCAUUGUGGAGUUUUUCUUCUUGUCCCGGGUGUACCGCAUUGUCCCCGCUCUUUCUGUCAAACCACCAACGGCGGAGGUGGGCCUGGCCAAUCUGCAAGGGAUGAACAGAAGCGGAUCGCAAGGUGAAGGUCAAGUCGUUCAGCCUGUGGCAGAAGGCGACAGUGAUGCGAGGCUCCGCCUAAAAGAAAUGACCUAUCUCCCACUGUGCUUGCGGAGGUUUCGCUGGCUGGUGAGCACCUGCAAGGACGGAUGGAGGUCCUACUAUCAACAGCCGGUCUUCCUGGCGGGAAUGGGCCUGGCAUUCCUCUACACUACCGUACUGGGCUUUGAUUGCAUCACCACCGGCUACGCCUACACUCAGGGCAUAAGCGGCUCCUUCCUCAGUGUGCUGAUGGGCGUAUCGGCCAUCACCGGUCUGAUGGGCACCGUCAUGUUUACGAGACUGAGGAAGACGUACGGUCUGAUCAACACGGGCAUCAUCUCCAGCUGCCUCCACCUGGGCUGCUUGCUCCUGUGCGUGUGCUCCGUCUUUGCCCCCGGCAGCCCCAUGGAUCUUAGCUUGCUCAUGCCCUACUUUACCUCAAACUCCUCCUCGGAGGUUGGAGGCAUGGCGAACCAAAGACAAAAACACACUUCUGCUUCGAGGGGGGGCAGCAAUCAACCACUUCUACCCGACCGUUCCUCCAUCCACUGGACCAACAACACUGUGCUUUUUGACAACGUGCCCUCCGGUAGCGCGCCAGAAUCUUACACCUCCAUUAUCCUCUUGUUCAUGGGAGUCAUCACGGCACGCAUCGGUUUGUGGUCCUUUGACCUGACAGUCACCCAGCUGUUGCAGGAGAACAUCUGUGAGUCCGAGCGAGGUGUUGUAAAUGGGGUGCAGAGCUCUAUGAAUUACCUGAUGGACCUGCUCCACUUCAUAAUGGUCAUCUCUGCUCCACAGCCACAGCAUUUUGGUAUCCUAGUUCUCAUUUCUGUGCUCUUCAUCACCACUGGACACACAAUGUACUUCCUGUAUGCGCACAAAGCCAAGAGAAAACGUCGCCUGGACACCUAAAAGGGGAGACAAGGCCCCCAAAUGCAAGCACGAGAUGCUUUACCAGCACCGAGUCCGCUCUGACCAUGUGAAAUGAAUGUGUCCCUCCCGUUCCGUGACUUAGCCAUUCAUUUCCGCACACCACAGCCAGAGUCUCUGUCUCACCUCAGCUGCUUCCUCCCUGCAGGGCCUGCAUGCGAUAAAGCAGCAAACCAGAACUCAGGUGCAAUAGAAUGGGAGCAACAGUGUAUCAUGAAUAUGAAUGGCCGCUAUAAAUGCAGCAAUGAAACCUCCGGGGGCGAUGUCCUAGUGGAAUUUACAACAGGAGUAAACCCCAAAGGAUUACCGCAAGGCUUUCAAUGAACCUUUGAAAGCUUUCGCUAUGAAAGUGGAUGGAUGAUGACAUUUUUUUUAAACUGCAUGUACAAAAGAACCGCUGUUGUGAAGCAAACGCUGAUGCAUUGCUAAGAAAGACGGGCAUUAUACAAGACGGUACUGAUCCACCCACUUGGAAAUAUUCCAGGAUUUCCAAUUAAGGAAAAUAAAGGGAAUUGCACAUGAGAUCAUAUGAAAUAAACCCCAAAUA